AUGAAUAUUGUACCCCGGCUCCACGAUUUUCCUCUACCCUGCCCGUCCCCUACAGUCAUCGCCGUCAUCGUUAUGGUGAUUAGCCUGCUGACCACCCCAGCCUCCCUAAUUAACCCCAGCACGACCUUGAACUGUCACAUACGGGAGUACCAAAUGCAAGUGACCAAGCCGCAAGCAUACGACAACGAUGGCCAAGUGGUAGAGUGCAGCGGGUCGGUGACGGUGAAUUCUUGUUGGGGACGUUGUGAUUCCAGUGAGAUCGGCGACUACAUCUUGCCCUACAGAAUCUCCCACCACCCAGUGUGCACCUAUACUGGCCGAACCAGUAGAGUCGCCACUAUCGCAGGCUGCCCGAACUACCCUGAUCCUACAGUACUGGUCUUCGACGCCACGGGAUGCGAAUGUCGGCUGUGCAACACGGACUAUACCAGUUGUGAAAAUCUCAACGGUUGA